AUUUACAGCCAUGGGGCCAAAGAAAGUUGUAAUUGCCGACAAUUUGCUAAAGAAGGUGAGAAAGACUUGAGUUCAAGAAAAAAGUAGGAAGAUGGCUUCUCCCUCCUCACCAACAAAUCUUCAAUAAAGUGUGAGCAAUGUGUGAUUUAAGCGCCAAAAGAAGUGGUUGAAAGUAUUGGGAAGCUGGGUGUCUGGAAUUGUGUCCUCCACCCUACUGGCUCUUGUUCUUUCUUCAGUCAAGAGUGAGCGCGUGUGAGCGAGCGAGCACCAGCAUAGGAAGCAGAGACUUUUCCCCCCCCCACCCCCCCCUUAGCCGUAUUUGGUAUUUGAUUUCAUUUUCUAGGAGGCUUGACGCAAGGACAGAGAUGGUUCCAGUUAAGCUCCUCGUACUGGGGAGUCCAAACACAGGAAAAACAGCCUUGUGCGUCCGCUUCAUGACCAAGCGCUUCAUUGGCGAAUAUGACAACAAGAAGGAGACGACCUACAGAUGCUGCCGACUUGUGGACCAGGAAGCUGUGGACUUGGAGAUCUUGGAUACAGCUUGUAAGGUAACAUUCGGCGUCGCGCUACUCCCCCGUGAGCCCACAAACCUCGUUGCGAGCGGCUUGGUGACGCGUCGGUGGGGUUGUGCGCGACAGGAGAGCUGUGCGUCUUCGCUGGAGGCCUACAUCCGCUGGGCUGAUGGCUUCCUGCUGCUCUACACCAUCACGCACCGCCACAGCUUCCUGGAGGUCCAGCAUCUCAAGAGACUCAUUGACCAAACCAAACAGAGUCUGGUCGUCCCUACAGUUAUUGUAGCCAAUAAAGCAGACUUGGAAAGUGGCAGGGAGGUGACAACAGAGGAAGGACAGAGACUGGCCAAUGAUUUAAGGAGUGGUUUCAGGGAACUGUCAGUGGCCGACACUGUGUUAGCUGUAGAAGCAGCCGUGUUUCAGCUCAUCAGGCGGGUGUUGGAUCAGCAGCGGCCUCUGCCCGACCGCCGUUCCUACAUGCUGACCAUGCGUCACGCUCUAACCAAGAAGCUGACCCGCUCUAAAACCAUGCAGUGGUGACCUCAACACACUCAUCACCGUGUUGAUGAGCGUUGUGCAGUGUGCACUUGGCGAUAUUAAAACAUGAAAACCACUGAUUUUGCUGGAUUCCUUAUUUAUAAACGGAAUAUUUUCAUAGUAAGAGCAUAGAAAACCUGUUUAUGACUUUCUAAAUAUGGUUUUAGCAUUAUUAGAGCCCUCUAGACAUGAAAUAACACCCCUAUAGUCGCCUUUACACUAGUAUUACCUCAUAUGGUAGACAUAAUAAGAUAAAAUAAGACAUUUAAGACAUAAAUAAGGCAUGUGCUUGUGUGUUCCGGUGCAAGGGGAGCUGACUGAGGGGCGGACAGGAAGUGAGUUUUUAGCUUGCUAGUAUUGGGGAUCAUCAUAC